AGCACGUCAGUCAGCCUCAAUGUGAUUGGGGAGACAAGACCUUGAUUUGUAUAUAAAUAUAAAGCUCUUCUUUCUCAUAUGGUUGGAUUUGGGGGAGGCAGAGCAGAGCCAAAUCUUCUUAAUUUGGAAAAACAAAACAUAUAACAAUAAUAAUCAUGGGAAGAUCUCCUUGUUGUGAUGAGAGUGGCCUUAAGAAAGGCCCUUGGACCCCUGAAGAAGACCAGAAGCUUGUUACGUUUAUUCACAAGAAUGGCCAUGGAAGCUGGAGAGCCCUCCCUAGACUUGCAGGGUUAAACAGAUGUGGGAAGAGUUGUAGAUUGAGGUGGACAAACUACUUGAGGCCUGAUAUCAAAAGAGGGAAAUUUUCUCAAGAAGAAGAAGAAACCAUACUCAAUCUUCACUCCAUCCUUGGAAACAAAUGGUCAGCAAUAGCAAGCCACCUACCAGGGCGUACGGACAAUGAGAUAAAGAACUUCUGGAACACCCAUCUGAAGAAAAAGCUGAUCCAAAUGGGGAUUGAUCCCAUGACUCACCGUCCUCGUACUGACAUCUUUUCGAGUUUGCCUCAUCUUAUAGCUUUAGCCAAUCUCAAGGAGCUUAUGGACCAUCCUUGGGAAGAACAUGCUGUCAGAAUCCAAGCCGAAGCUGUUCAAAACAUGGCCAAGCUUCAGUACUUACAGUACCUUCUUCAACCUAACUCCGUUCAUAAUGGGAACCAAACCAACUUCAAUAAUCUCAACAAUUCUGACAUCGAAACCAUCAACCUUCUCAGCUCCUUAGCUUCAUUCAAAGACAACAACAACAACAACCAAAAUGUUUUCGAUUCUCCUCAAUUCCAAAACCCAAGUUCUACUCAUCAUCAUGACCUUCUUCAGUCUCUCCACGACUCAGUUUCUUUUGCUCACCUGCCUGACUUGAAAAUCCAAUGUAGUGAUCAUGACAAUAAUAACCAUGAUGAGAGGUCCCCACACAACAAACAAAUGGCUAUUCAUGUUGAGAGCGAUUCUGAUCAAGUUCCGGGCAUGGCAAUGUUCAGCCAUAAUAAUAACAAUAACCAAUUUAUAUUGUUAGGCCAAGAUGAGAUGAUCUUCUCAUCAGCUGCUUGGCUUCCCUCUUCUGCCUGUACUACUCCUUCUCCUCCUUCGGUGGCGGCGCCGCCUGUGAAGGCUCCUGAGCCGGCGGCGGGGAUUACCACUACCUUUCAGGAUCAGGGUGAUGCUUGCAUUAUUAAUUCAAGCUAUGGAGAAGAAGUGACUCAUUCUGUCUGGCCUGACCACCUCCUUGAUGACUCCUUAUUUCAGGACUUUGCGUAGCUAGCUACAGCUAAUAUUAUAAUCAAGUAGAGUUCUUUUGUUCGUUUGAUAUAAGGAACCUUUUUUCUUUAUUUGCCUAAAACUACUAUCACUACCACUAUAUAUUAUUAUUGUGUAUUAUUAUGUCAUAUAUAUAAAUAGUAUUAUUGUUCAUAUAAUAUAUAUGUUACAAUAUCUCCUUCAGGUUGAGAGAUAGAUAUAUGUUUGAUGAGUUUUUAUUUAUGAGUUUGUGGAAAGCUAGCUAGCUAUGUAGCUAGAA